CUCAUGACGAUAAAGAGAGAGAAUGUCGUCAUUCUUCUGGAAUGCUCCUGUGCGCCACUUGCUGAAGAAGAACCUCUGUCUCUCUCCUCGCUUCCUUUCUCUCUCUAGGAGCCGGCACCACCUGCCGCUGCUGAAGAAGAAGAAGGGCCUCUUUCUCUCUCCUCCUCCUCUCUCUCUAUCUAGGCUCUUUCUGCCCGCUGCUCCCGCUGUUUUCCUAGGAAUGGAGGUACUGUUCGCUCCCUUACGUCGAUUCUUUCGUCAUUGAUACGUUGCCCCAUGUGUUUACAUGUAAAUAAAUAACCUGGAGAAAAUGGUUUUGGUAUCAAAGAAGAACUGUUUUGGGUUUCUUAUCGUGUUACUUGUUAUGAGAUCUGCGGAAGAUCCAGCUUUACGAGCUCAAUUUGACUCGUGGAUGUCUUGCACUCAGAAUCUCUGGACCAAAGGAGGUAUGGACAGGAACAAAUCACUAGUAGAACAUUUGUGCCUUUAUGGUGUAAUUAAAUCAAAGAGGGUAGCAGAAGUCAUGGAGACAAUUGAUAGAGGAUUAUUUGUUCCUGAUGGAAACCUUGCAUAUGCUGACAGCCCCAUGCCAAUAGGAUACAAUGCAACUAUAUCUGCACCUCACAUGCACGCCACAUGCCUCGAACUGUUGGACGAGCAUUUGCAGCCAGGAAUGCGUGCUUUGGAUGUUGGUUCAGGAACUGGAUACUUAACUGCAUGCUUCGCACUGAUGGUCGGGCCACAGGGUCGAGCAGUUGGGGUAGAACAUAUUCCUGAGCUGGUCGCAAUGUCCAUAGAGAACAUAAAGAAAAGUCCGGCUGCACCAUUGUUGCAGGAAGGGAGCCUCCAGAUUCAUGUUGGUGAUGGCCGCCAAGGCUGGCCACAAGAGGCUCCUUAUGACGCCAUUCAUGUCGGGGCUGCAGCUUCAGAUAUCCCGGCGCCAUUAAUUGAACAGCUGAAGCCCGGGGGCAGGAUGGUAAUCCCGGUUGGCAAUAUCUUCCAAGAUUUGAAGGUGGUAGACAAGAAAGCAGAUGGCUCCAUUAGUGUGAGAGAUGAGACCUCUGUGCGUUACGUUCCCCUCACAAGUCGAGAGUCCCAGUUACGGGAUUAUUGAUGUAUGGUGUCUUAACCCCAAACCCAGGCAACUUCUCUUUCAGUUCUCUGUAAUAGCCUGUUUAUAUUUGGUGUUUUGAGUCGAAAGCGUGUAAAUAAAUUACCCUUUGCGUGCUUCUGUCUCUCGCUUGUAAUGGAUCAUGCUUUGUGAUGUAAAUAAAUCUUAUUUUCAUUUUGCCUUGAGAAACAUUUUGGCAA